AUGUCAUGUAUUGUACAAGGUGAAACGGAACCACUAUACGGAUAUUGGGAACGGUUUCGUAAGCUACUAGACGCAUGCCCUAAUCACAUGAUUGACACUCAAGUGCUGCUUGGAUACAUAUGUCAAGGGAUGCGAGAACAAGAUAGAACUCUCUUGGACACUUCUAGCAAUGGCUCUUUAUCUAAAUAUAAAACAGCGGAGGAGGCAUGGCAACUUAUCAUCGACUUAGCCGAAUCCAAUCAACAUAUGAGACGAAGAGUCAACUGCCCAAAAAUCGUGAAUGAGGUAUCAACUAGUAGCAAAACCACCGCUCUAACCAAAUCCUUGAGCGAAAUGACAUCCAUCUUGAGGCAACUCCAAUUGAGCCAACAACAACCACAACAACCUCAACCAUACCAACAACAACCUCAACCAUACCAACAACCACCACCCCCUCAACAAUACAAUCAACAAUUGGUCCCUCAGAAAGUGUGUGGCAUUUGUUCAUGCUAUUCCCACUACACGGAUGAGUGCCCAAGCCUUCAAGAAGAUAACACCUUGGCGGCUACUCACAAUUUUUAUGACCGCCCAAAUCAAAGAUACUACCAAGGCGGUAAUCCUAACCAAGGGUACCCUUAUCAAGGAGGAAGCUACAAUCAAGGGAGUGGCAAUCAAAAUCAAAAUUGGAGGGACAAUCAUCAACAAGGAAAUAGGGACAACAACAACAACGGAGGUAGUCAAAGAUGGAACAACAACAACUCACAAAACCGGCCACCAUACAACCAACAAAACCAACCAUACAACCAAUAA